AUGAAGCGCCUCUUCAGACGGCUCUCCCGCGUCGCAGCGGUCGACUCCUCCUCCGCCACGACAGCCUACCGCCAGCUCCGGACCCCGAAGCAGGCUCCUCCCUCCGGCGGCGGCGCGAAGGUGCCGCAGGGGCACGUGCCGGUGUGCGUCGGCGAGGAGGGCGGGCCCGUGGAGCGGUUCGCCGUGCGCGCGGACCUCCUCGGCCGGCCGGCCUUCGCGGCGCUCCUCAUGCGCGCCGCCCAGGAGUACGGGUACGGCCACCCCGGCGCGCUCCGCAUCCCCUGCCCCGUCGCCGACUUCCGCCGCCUCCUCGUCCGCCUCUCCUCCGACGACCCCUUCGCCGCCGAUUUCUAG